AUGACUGAACGUGGGAGGACAUACGUCACAGCCAGUGAGAAGUCCUUCAAAUUCGUGCUUUCAUCAAGAAACAGAGAACGUGCAUUGGAAGCCCUGAAACGAAUCCCUCCUCUGAGAGCAAGAACAUCGGAAAAGGAACCGAGUGCAGCUGUCCUUGUGCCAUUAUGCACGGUCUCGGACGAGGUCUCACUUUUGUACACCCUCAGGUCCUCCGACCUACGACUCCAUCGAGGGGAAGUCAGUUUUCCCGGAGGAGGAAGGGAUUCAAAUGAUGAUAAUCUUGUGACUACGGCUCUCAGGGAGACGGAAGAGGAAUUAGGAAUCCAUCAAAAUAAGGUGGAUGUAUGGGGAAUGAUGCCUAGCGUUCCUACUCGGAAACAGGAUAGUUCUGUCGCACCCUGUAUCGGGUACAUCGGGUCCAUCGAUGUCCCAUCCCUCAAACUUCAGAUUGGAGAAGUGGAAGAAGCCUUUCCUGUACCCCUGUGGGCCCUCUGCGAGCCGCAAAACUUCCGAUACACGCAAUACAAGCAAGCCGGGUAUUCCCUCCCUGUUUUCCUCGGAGGAAAACAUCGUAUAUGGGGUUUGACGGCUAUCAUCACCUACCAAGUCCUCUGUGUUCUGGCUCCUCAAAAUUUCACAUCCAGAGUGAAAUUCGCGCAUAGGGUCAGGAUUUAG